GCCAAAGAGGAYCUCCUGGCCAACGGUAGUGCUGGAGAGGAGUUGUGUGUUGAGGAACUAGGGGAGGKGGUUCUGGAGGAGGAUGAAGAUCUGAUGUGGAAGGAGCCUAAAGACGAGGUCAACGUGGAGGACGACCUGGAGUACUACCAGGAGCACAUCAAGUUCAUCGACAACAUGCUCAUUGGCUCCGGUGCCUUCGGCAAGAAGAUUUCCCUCGGUACCUUCCCCCCUGCCCCCGCCACCCCUGGCCCAAGUCCCAGCCCCUCCGCCCGCUCCUCCUCCCCUGCAGCCGAGCCCAGCUGCGGGGAGUGGAAACCCCCCAAGAAACCUGGCCCGGUCCCCACCCCCCACUACCCCUCAGAGCCUAGUGGUGGCGGCUCAGCAGAUGAGUUUGACUACAGCUCGUGGGAUGCCAUGUGUUACCUGGACCCUAGCAAGGCAGGGGACGAGGAUGAUUUCGUGGUGGGUUUCUGGAACCCGUCAGAGGAGAACUGUGGGGCGGAGUUGGGGAAACAGUCUAUCUCCUAUGACCUGCACACAGAGCAAUGCAUCGCUGACAAGAGCAUCGCUGACUGUGUGGAGGCAUUGCUGGGCUGCUACCUCACCAGCUGUGGGGAGAGGGCUGCUCAGAUGUUCCUCUGCUCACUGGGACUCAAGGUGUUACCGGUUGAGAGGAGGAGGCUGAAGGAGAAGGGCGGGGUCAUAGAGGUCGUGAACCUUGACCUCCAGUAUGGCUGGCUGAAGAUCCCACCCCGCUGCAUCUUUGACCACCCGGACGCCGAGCUCACCCUCAACCACCUCAUCUCUGGCUUUGAGAACUUUGAGAGGAAGAUCAGCUACACCUUCCAGAACAAGGCCUAUCUGCUGCAYGCUUUCACACACGCCUCCUACCAUUACAACACCAUUACAGAUUGUUACCAGCGACUAGAGUUUCUUGGCGAUGCAAUUUUAGACUACCUCAUAACGAAGCACCUUUAUGAAGACCCGCGCCAACACUCUCCCGGCGUGCUCACAGACCUGCGCUCGGCUUUGGUCAACAACACCAUCUUCGCCUCCCUGGCCGUCCAGUACGACUUCCACAAGUACUUCAAGGCUGUGUCGCCGGAGCUGUUUUAUGUKAUCGACGACUUUGUGCAAUUCCAGCUGGAGAAGAACGAAAUGCAAGGCAUGGACUCUGAGCUUCGGCGCUCAGAGGAAGACGAGGCGAAAGAGGAGGACAUUGAGGUCCCCAAGGCAAUGGGAGACAUAUUUGAGUCACUAGCCGGAGCAAUUUACAUGGAUAGCAGAAUGUCACUGGAGACAGUGUGGCAAGUGUAUUAUCCAAUGAUGAGGCCACUUAUAGAGAAAUUCUCGGCUAAUGUCCCUCGCUCUCCGGUGCGGGAGCUGUUGGAGAUGGAGCCUGAGACAGCCAAGUUCAGCCCUGCGGAGCGGACGUACGACGGGAAGGUCCGUGUGACAGUGGAGGUCGUGGGCAAGGGCAAGUUCAAAGGCGUGGGCCGCAGCUACCGGAUCGCCAAGUCUGCCGCCGCGCGCCGGGCCCUGCGCAGCCUCAAAGCCAACCAACCUCAGGUCCCAAACAACUGAGCUUCACACGCUAACUAGCUAGCUACUGAUGCUAGCCACUGACGCUAUCUACCUACAACUGUCGCUAGCCAGUAGCCACUGAUGCUAGCUUGCUACUGAUGUUAGCUAGUCGCCACUGAUGCUAACUACUGACGCUAACCAGUAGCUACCAGUGCUAGCAACUGAUGCUAGCUACCAACACAGUGCAGCAUUAGUCCUGUAUCUUCAGCCCUCAAUGGCACAACCAAGGCAGCCAGGGAACGUUCUGUGGAGACAUGGGGAAGUCACAACGAGAGCUGAUCUAGUUGUAACGGAUUUCACAUUUUAUUUMAAUUUUUUUGCAAACACAAUCUUUACUUUUCUUCUGUUCUCUGCUUUGUGUAAUCACAAGAGUGCUUUAUUAACGUAUAGCAAAGUGUUAAAAAGAGAAAAAAAAGGUCAGGUGUUGCUUUGUUAAUUUCUCACUUUCUUUUUUAGUUUUUUUUGUUUGUUUAACCUUUGCUUUGUGUCAGUGAGAUGUUAGGCGUAUGCGUAUUAUGAGUAGUAUUAGAUUUGUACAUAGUUCAAAUCAAAGGUGUAAAUCUAAAAACGCUAUACUCCUCAGUCUGUGCACUAGUGCCAGUUUUAAAGCGGUUUUUAAAAUGCUAUUGCUAAGGAAAUGGCAAGCAGAGGCCAGACCACCAGUGAAGACGACCAGUGUGGCCCACCUCUCUCUGAACUCUGUCUUGAGAUGGUAUUCUUAGGAUGGGUCUAAAAUGGCACCCUAUCCCCUAUAUAGGAACCCUAUGGCUCUGGUCAAAAGUAGUGGACUAUAUAGGGAAUAGGGUGCCAUUUGGGACGUACSCUCAAUCAUUAUUGCACUUAUUCCAUUAGGGUCUGUUAUGUUCAGAAUUGUGUGGUCGGAUUGGACAACAAAAUCCUAUAUGUAACAAAAAUAUAUAUAUACAUUUAUGAUGAAAUAUAAAUAUUAUUUGCCUUACAUACUAAGGCCCUCCCUCGUAUCCUGAAAAAAAGAAUAGGAAUUCAACAUUCCCGCUUACUGUAAAUUUAAAAAUAGUUUUUAAACAGCACUCGAGGAUGCAUGUUUGUGUAGCUUAUGUAUUAAUAACCAUGGCAACUGGAUGGCUUAUAUAAACAUUUAUAAAUCUAUCAAUAUAUCUAGAGGGAAAGAGAUAUUAAAUGUUUAUUAUUAUGACAUAAGUCGACAACUUUAGUCUCAAGUAAUGUCUUUUGAUACCAAGAUUGAUCAUCUUUAUUUUGUUGGUCAUUUUGUAAGACUCAGAGCACCUUUUGAGGUCUUUAGGACACAGGUUGUUCUUCUUUUUCAACAGAAUCGUGGUUCACACAUCCCUUCACUUUACCAAAGCUAAUAGAGUUGUGACGCUACAGGGUUGCACAUGUGAAGUCAGUUCCUAGGGAUAUGCAUACCAGCCUUUUUGUUUCAUUAUUUACUACAAACACAUUGUGACAUAGCGUCCACGUUAUGUGACUACAUAGCCUCUUAGACUAAAUGUCUUUUAUUUUCUCUCAAUAGUAUCAAUAAGCCCUCUUCACUUGAAUACCUCAGUUGAUUGCAUGCAUUUGUUUUUGGUGCUAUGUUUUUUGUUGUAUUAAGCUUGAAUUUCUCAUCCUUUUUGCACUGUAACUAUAAUACCUCUUUCUUUGACCUUUAUGAAAUCUGUCAGUUGGGUUGGUUGUCCUGUUCUAGCAGCCUUCAAGCUGUAGCGGUUCAGUUGCAUCGGUGUUUUCUUUGUUCUUCUUCUCUCCCUGCCCAAUUGAUUUAAUGCUUGAUGAUUUGGUCGGGUAAAACCAGAGGGUAUUCUCAUUCUGCACAUACAUAAGCCUAAACUAAUGUCUUCAGUCUCUGUUGAGCAUCAGUCCUCUUCAAAGGAAGAAGACAUGAAUUGGCCAUGAUCAGAUGGAGGGGGCCUCCUGUACUGUAGCUUGUUGAAGUAAACCGAUUGCACUCUAUAUCUCUCACCGUGUGUGGCCAGCGCAGUCUUAGUGUAUGUCGAAGGCCUUUGCAAGACUACGUCAGAUUCAGCCUUUUAACGAUUGUCACAUGUCACACUGUGCGAUGUUACCAAAUUAAAAUCUUGAUAUCAACCUUG